AUGAGAGUCCCUUACGUAUCCAACCCUCCUGAGACCAAGUCCGAGGAGCAUGCCGCUAUUGUAAAGCGCAUAGAGGAGCGUCGUGCCCCUCGGCCUCUCCAAUCUCUGGACUUAGCUCUUCUUCACUCACCUCACGUUGCUGAUGGCUGGAACUCAUUCCUCGGCGCUGUUCGUACCAAGACCUCUCUAAGUGACGACAUUCGUGAGCUUUCAAUCUCACGUAUCGCUGUGUGCAACAAGGCCUGGUACGAAUGGAAGCACCAUGCGCCGCUAGCUGUCAAGGGUGGUGUGUCUGAGGCUGGACUGGAGGCUAUCAAGGGGGAGAACCUUGGUGAGCGACCUGCUGAGCUAUCAGAGAAGCAAUGGUCUGUACUGCUGUACACCGAUGAGAUGACGAGGAACGUUCAAGUCAAGGAUGAGACUUUUGAUCGUCUGCGGGAGUAUUUCAACGAACAAGAGAUUGUGGAACUGACAGCCACGGUUGCGUGUUACAACUGUGUAAGCCGUUUCUUGGUGGCACUCGACGGUAAGCUAACAACUAACAAUACUACAGUCGGGGAGAGAAAUGGUACCGGUCCCGAAGCCAUCUCUGGUCAUUGA